AUGGCGAAUACAAAUGCACGCAGUGAGGUUUUGAACGAACAUGGGUUGUUUUCACCAAGUGGUCUUUGCUUGGAAAGCACAGUUAAAAAUAUAGCAAGUAACAGGUGUGUCAACUGCUUUCGUGGUAAUGUUGUUACAUCUGUAACGCCUGCAGCUGUUCGAACUUUGCUAAAGCCAUUGUGUAUUACAACCACUGCUGGGGUUACAGCUACUACUCCUGUUUUCACCAAUGUCGCAACUAAGGUCACAAGUAUUCCCGCAACUCUAAAAAGUUCUUCAGCAAAAACUUCAGGGAGUGAUACAGGAAAAAUAAUAGUUCCUCCUGUUAUAGGCUUACCAGAUAAAGUUGCAGAAAGCUCUAGUGAAGACCAAGAAGUCAAUGCAACAAAGAAGUGGGAGGAACAAAUAAGACAAUUUAAGGCCACGUGUCAAGCCUGCAGAUCUCUUGAUGCAUGUAUAAAUCUGUGGGUAAGAGCCAUACCCCUUGUGGCUCCUCCAAACAAGUGGAUAAGUAAAUGCAUUUUGCCAUUCUGUGCAGGAUCCAUAGAAGAGUUCAAGCUUUGGCCACUGGGAAAGCAGAGGGCAGCAGAGUUUCAGAGGGCAAGGGAAGUUAGAAGGCAUAUAAGUGAAUGUGGUAUAGAAGGCAGCAAUUGGUGGACCACGAACAGAAUAGUUGCAUGGGCAAGGUGUCAUGCUUAUACUCCAGUAGAGCCUAGACCUCUACUUCAAACAGAUAAGCUUUUCUUACCAUUAGAACAGCAGGUCUUUAGCACAAUUACAGACAUUGGAAAUCUAGAAGAACGAGAAAGAAGUAACAACGAGCAACAGUUUGCACGUUCUACUCACCAAGAUAUUGAUGUAGUCUCAGUAAUUGAGGAGGAGAACGAGCUCACAUCUCCUCACAAGUCUUCAGCCUCUCCAUGGAAGGAGCAGUCUGUCUUCAUGGCUUGGGAGGAUCAAGAAACAGUUGAUGGAUGUGAAUGGGUUGGACAUUUAGCUUCACAGUUAAGAAUUAAUCAAACUUCAGAAGAGGUUUUACCUGGAUAUAGAGCAGAUGUUGCACGUGCAACUAUGUGGAAGGCAAUGUUAAACUUAAUGGAGGAUCUACUGCGGUCUUCUCACAGUGAGGCCUGGGGAGAUAGUUCUGAGGAGACCUCUGGUAGUCCACCUCUUGUUCCUCCAAAGGAAAUCACACACAAUCAUGUCUUAAAAGCCUUAACUACGAAACGUCAAGAGUUCCAGUUGUUCACUAAUUAUGGACUCGGAAGCCUUUCAUAAUCAUCAGAUGCAAUAUAGUGUUUUUCAUGUUUAUAGAUCUGAUCUGUUCUGAUAUCAUGAAAUAUUUUAAAAAGCUAAUAUGGUUCUACAUGUAACACAGAUAAAACAAAAAGAUAAGCCACUUUUAUUUUGAUUACUUGUUGUAGAUUAAAAAUAUUAUAUAACUUAAAAUGGCCCACAGUUAAAAAUGAUAAUCAGUAUAUUAUUGUUUAAUACUGUAAUCAAACCAGGAGGAUCUCUUUUGUUGUAUUGUUGUCAAGGUUCAUCACAUAAGAUUCAUUCCAUGAAGAUCAUAUGGUAAAAAAUCAUAUAAUGAGAAAAGUUAAAUGAGGAAUCAAAAUUAAUUCUAUCAUUUAUAUUUUUCUGAAAUAUAUGAGUAAUAUUGUUCAUGUUCUUGUAAAAUUGUUGUUGACUCAUCUGUAGUACAUCAAAUUCCAUAACUAUCUGUGAUAUUCUAGAUAUGAUUUAUAAGUUUCAUUGUUAAAAAUCCUUAUAAGAAUAAAAAACUCAGGGUAUGAUUGUUUCAUUAACUUU